AUGUUCAGGAGGCAUAAACCCAGUGCUGCAGAGCACAAGAAGGACUUUGCUGUGCAUGGAGCCGCACUGCCGGGGCCACAGAAUGACAUGAGGUCUUUUUUCAACUUGUCUCAGCUUGUACUCUCUGCUGGCCAGCUCAGAUCACCGCCCAUACUCAGGCAUUCAAAAAUCACUUACUUUGAAGUGGAAAUCCUUGAUGCCCAAAGUAAGAGGCAGAUCUGUGUGGUGGAUAAGGUACCUCCAUCAUCCUCCCUCCUUGAUGUAAAACAUAAAUUUCACAAAACAUGUCCCCAGUGGAACCCUUCCCGUAUUGGCCUGCGACUAGAACGCAAUGGGCCCUAUUUGAAGGAUUCCGUUAGCAUUCAAAGCUUGGCAGUUUCCUCCAUCAUUACGCUGUAUUUUACAGAUCUGGGUCAGCAGGUCACUUGGACCACAGUUUUUCUGACUGAAUACAGCGGGCCUCUACUAAUCUACUUGCUCUUUUACAUUCGUCUCUCAAGUAUUUAUGCUGAAGAGGAGAGUACAGAGAGCUUCCGCCACCCAGUAGUUCACUUGGCCUGCUUCUGUCAUUGUUUACACUAUGUCAGGCAUCUUCUGGAGACGUUAUUUGUUCACAAGAUUUCCGGAGGGCACACACCUCUGAAAAAUAUGAUAAAGGGCUGUGCCUUUUACUGGGGAUUCACUUCUUGGAUUGCUUACUAUGUCAAUCACCCCCGAUACACUCCACCAUCAUUUGGCAACAGGCAAGUUAUUUUUGCUGCCCUGGCUUUUCUGAUGUGUGAAGCUGGAAAUCAUUUUAUCAACGUCGCUUUAGUCCAACAAAAUCACUCAGGGAAUAAAGCCUCUUUUCCAAGUCCAACUUACAACCCCUUCACAUGGCUAUUCACACUGGUUUCCUGUCCCAACUACACAUACGAGAUUGGGUCUUGGAUUAGUUUUACGGUGAUGACACAAACACUGCCAGUUGGAAUUUUUGCUUUCCUGAUGGCCAUCCAGAUGUCCCUCUGGGCCCAAAAGAAACAUAGGCUUUACCUGAAGAAAUAUAAUCUGGGUGCGCUUAGGAAAGCAGCCAUGAUUCCAUUCAUCUUCUAAGCUCUUCAAGCACUAGCAGCCCAUAUUCACUGUUUGAGAACUGAUUCUGGAAACAAAUGAACCCUUUCAUUUAGUAACCAAAGAAGGCUUGGGCAAGAAUUGUUGAGUAGCAUUUUCAGACAAUUAACAUCAGAAUGGGGCGUUUAGAAUUAAGUGAACAGAAUCUGGCUUUGAACCCUCGGUUUGUGUUAGAUGAUGUGAUUUAAUUAGAUUUUGUGCAAUGGAGCUAAUCAGGAAGACAGGAAACUCUGUCUUGUGAAUGUUGGGCCAAAUCAUCCGCUGGUGUAAAUGGGUGUUGCUCUGUUUCAAGCCCGUGGGGUGAUGCUGAUCUACUCCCUGUGAGGAGCUGGCCCUUUUAAGGUUCAAUAGCAAAUGCAGAUCAGAUUCUGAGUAUUUUGCAUUGCAGGAAAUGCCACCGCUUUAACUGUAUUCAAAGCAGCAUGUUCUGUGUAAAUCCGUCUAAACUGUACCACCAAACAGUGUUGGUUUAUACAGUAUUAAUUAGGGCAGCUUUGCAGUUUUGUUUUACUGAACCAAUUCCUGACUACUAGCAAGUUGUUUGAUGAUGCAAACUGGCUUAAAGUCAGCACUGUGGAGAAGUCUGGUUUUUUCCAGGAGGCAGCAUGGCCUAAGUGGAUUGAGUGAGUAUCAGGCGAAUGAAGUUCU